AUGUCGUCCACUAUAUACAACACCAAGGCUAACUUCUCACACUCCACUGGAUCAUUCCUAAGAAGCGCCCCCGUCGAGUUGACCACAAGGGCAGGCUACGAGGACUUCAUCAGAAAGCAGAACACCGCUGAUAUAUCUACCAUCCUAGAGAAGGAUAACGGAUCCCAGGGUUACAUAUUGAAGAACAACGAGGUCAUCGCCACCGUCUCAGGUGAGGCAAAGGACUAUCUGUACGAGUUGGCCGGUAACUAA